UGAAACACAUGGUACAGUUUACAAGAAGCCGGAUAACCAUAAGUUUGAUACGACUUGCUCGAUCGUGUGUCCCGUAUGCGGUACUGCUACUGUAUACGGGUCUUGGAUGAAGACGUAUCCCGUACACGAUAUCAUUAUGGCGAAGGCUGGUCGAGUGAUAGGAACUCUUAGGACGUACAUCGCAGCAGGAAAAGCUUCCUCUUCACCUCCUUUGGGUCCAGCCUUAGGCCAAAGAGGAGUCAACAUUGGGAUGUUUUGUAAAGAAUUUAAUGAUAAAACGAAGCAUAUCAAGGAAGGUGUACCUAUUCCAACACGGAUUACGUUCAAGUCUGAUCGAUCAUUUGAAAUACAAAUGACAACCCCACCAACUAGCUAUUUUUUGUUGGCUGCUGCUGGGCUAGAGAAGGGGAGUAAGGAACCAGGCCAAAAGCUCGUUGGACGAAUUUCUCUGAAACACAUAUAUGAGAUAGCUCUUAUUAAACAGCAAGAUCUCGCAUUGAAACGAGUGCCUUUGCCGAGUAUUUGUAAGACAGUUAUUGGUUCGGCACGUAGUAUGGGUAUUGAAGUAGUUCGGUAGAAUUUUCAACAGAUAUAGUUACAGACGAGGCAACUGUCAUAUUCAAGGAAUCUUAUGAUGCACAAGCAGCUGUACAGUUGUUAUGAAACAAAUGACUUCUGUGUGCCUGCAAAGUUCUAAUAAUGACUGCUUGCUUGUGUUUGA